AUGACUUAUCCGAAAAGAAUACCUAUAAAUGCGUGGAAUGAUACCUUUAGGGUAGCAAAGCCCUUGAUUGUUACUUUUGAUGCGUAUAAUACAUUAUAUGCUACAAAGCUUCCGGUGAUGGAGCAAUAUUGUAUAGUUGGACGUAAAUACGGUAUCAAGACUACUCCUUCAACAUUGACAAAGAACUUCCCACAUGUUUUCAAGAAACUAAAGGAAGAUUAUCCUCAAUAUGGAAAACAUUCCAACAUCAAACCUGAAGAAUGGUGGUCCCUUUUGAUAAGGAACGUCUUUGUACCAAUUGAAAUUCCCGAUGAAAUGAUAGAUGAAAUAUUAAUGCGGUUUGAGGGCUUUGAUUCAUAUUUCGUUUAUCCGGAUUUGAUAGAGUUCUUAAGCAACCUAAAGUCCAGAUACCCAAAUAUUAUUUUGGGAAUAAUAAGCAAUACUGAUCCAACCUUUUACAAGUUAUUAAAGAAUAUCGGGUUGUAUGAAACUUUUGCCGAUAGUAUUUAUUUGUCAUAUGAGCUUGACCUGAUUAAACCUGAUAGAGCAAUGUUUCAAUAUGCGCUUGACGAUAUUAUACGUAAAAAUUCUCAUUUGCUGAAAAUGUACUCCAGGGAAGAAAUUCUCCAGCAUUCCUUCCAUAUUGGGGAUGAAUUGAAAAACGAUCUUGAAGGGGCACAAGCUGCUGGUUGGACUGGUAUACUGCUGGAUAGAAGCGAUAAAUAUGGAUACCUAUCAGAGUCAGUUGGCAAAGCAUCCAGGGACGAAUAUAAGCUAUCAAUUGAUAAAAUAGAUAAUCAUUCCAUGAAGACUUGGGAAGCAAGUACUAAACAAAAGGACACGGUACAAUUGAGUGAAAGGAAAUACGUUGUCUCGAACUUUGAGGUUUUAGAAGAACUAUUUUCUUUGAACGCUGAACUGUUUCAGUGA